CGGCUGCUUGGCCUGGAACUGGGACUGGAGCUGGGAUUGGGUCUGAGCUGCGGGGCGAGGAGCGGGAGCUGGAGGAGGAGAGGCAGGAACAGGAGGAUGUGACUCCCCGGAGCUAAGGGACCCGACUAGCUUUGUGUGGAAUCCAAGUUCCACCAGGUGAGAAGAGUGAUGACCAUCUUUUUCCUUACUAUGGUUAUAUCAUACUUCAGUUGCAUGAAGGCUGCCCCAAUGAAAGAAGCCAGUGUCAGAGGGAAAGGCAGUUUGGCCUACCCCGGUCUUCGGACCCACGGGACCCUGGAGGGCCUCGGCGGUCCCCAGCCCGGGUCGAGAGGACUGACGUCGUUGGCCAACACUUUCGAACACGUGAUCGAGGAGCUCCUGGACGAGGAGCAGAGCGUCCAGCCGAGCGAGGAGAACAAAGAUGCAGACUUGUACACGUCUCGGGUGAUGCUAAGCAGUCAAGUGCCUUUGGAGCCCCCGCUGCUCUUUCUGCUUGAGGAGUACAAAAAUUACUUGGAUGCGGCCAACAUGUCCAUGAGAGUCCGACGCCACUCUGACCCUGCCCGUCGCGGGGAGCUGAGCGUAUGUGACAGUAUCAGCGAGUGGGUCACGGCGGCGGACAAGAAGACGGCCGUGGACAUGUCGGGCGGAACGGUCACGGUCCUCGAAAAAGUUCCGGUCCCCAAAGGCCAACUGAAGCAAUACUUCUACGAGACUAAGUGCAACCCAAUGGGCUACACAAAAGAGGGUUGUCGGGGCAUAGACAAGAGGCACUGGAACUCCCAGUGCCGAACUACCCAGUCCUACGUACGGGCCCUCACGAUGGAUAACAAAAAAAGAGUUGGCUGGCGGUUCAUAAGAAUAGACACUUCCUGUGUAUGUACAUUGACCAUUAAGAGGGGAAGAUAGUGGAUUUAUGUUGUAUAGAUUAUAUUGAGACAAAAAUUAUCUAUUUGUAUAUAUACAUUACAGGGUAAAUUAUUCAGUAAGAAAAAAAAUAAUUUUAUGGACUGCAUGUAUAAAUGAAGUUUAUACAGUACAGUGGUUCUACAAUCUAUUUAUUGAACAUAUCCAUGACCUGAAGGGAAAUAGUCAUUUGCGCACAACUUAAAAAAAGAAACAACAAAAUAAGUCUGCAUUACAUUCCUCGAUAACAUUGUGGUUUGUUGCCGUUGCCAAGAAUUGAAAACGUAAAAAGUUGAAAAAAAAAUAAAUUGCAUGUUGCUUCAAUUGUGAAUUGAUGAAUAAACUGUCCUCUUUUCAGAAAAAAAAAUUUGAACCAAAACAUUCCGUUUACAUUUUAGACAGUAAGUAUCUUUAUUCCUGUUAGUAUUAUAUCUGUUUUACUGCUUUUAACUUCUGAUAGCAUUGGAAUUAAAACAAU